ACCAUUAUUAUUUAUCAUUUAUUUAUUUUUGUAUCUCAAUUUUUAUUUAUUUUUAUUUUUCUUCCCACCGUUCAACUUAAACCGGCUCGUUAGAUGGGAAAUACGGCUCCGCCAGGCGCAUUUAUUCUCCUCAUCCAGAGAGGUGGGGAGCGUUUGAGGACUAAAGGAAAAAGCAGCAGUGAUUCGUGGACGUGCGGCGCACCAUGAGAAUACUACAACUACCAACAAGGUCUCCUGCAUGGCUUCUGAAAUGAAGAUGGUGAGACUUUCAAAGCUCCCUGCAUCAAGUCCCCGGGAGGAACUGGCAUUGACCGCUGUGUCUAAAUGAAGUGGUUCCGCCAUGCAAUGUUCCUGGAAGGCAGUGAUUCUACUGGCCUUGGCCUCCAUCGCCAUCCAGUACACGGCCAUCCGGACCCUCACCUCCAAGCCUUUCCAGCUGUGCCCGUUGCCCAGCCCCCAGAACUGUGGUCUCGGGGGCCAGGAGACCGAACCCCCCUUUGAGCGUGGAGCGGCAGGCAGUGUAGGCUGCGAUGACUACCCUUACUUCACCAUAAACGCCACGCGUAAAACGCACAUCCUGGUGCUGGCCACCACCCGCAGCGGCUCCUCCUUCGUCGGCCAGCUGCUCAACCAGCACCAGGAGGUGUUCUACCUGUUUGAGCCCCUUUAUCAUGUCCAGACCACGCUGAUCCCGCGUCUGUCGCACAGCCGCAACGCUGCCGACCGCCGCGUGAUGCUGGGCGCCAGCCGGGACCUCCUGCGCAGCCUGUACGGUUGCGACCUCUAUUUCCUGGAGAGCUAUAUCAAACCGACGCCUACUAACCACACAACGGAUAAACUGUUCCGUCGCGGCGCCAGUCGGGCGUUGUGCCAGCAGCCUGUGUGCGAUGCCUUCGGUCCCGCUGACAUGAAUGUUGAAGAAGGGGACUGCGUGAAGAAAUGCGCGUCCCUGAACAUGACCUUAGCGACCGAGGCUUGUCGCGAGAAGCGCCACGUGGCAAUCAAAAUCGUCCGGGUGCCGGAGAUCGCAGAUCUGCGCGCUUUGGUGGAGGACCCGCGGCUGAAUAUCAAAGUGAUUCAACUCGUCAGAGACCCGCGUGGCAUCCUGUCGUCGCGGAUCGAGACCUUCAGGGAUACGUAUCGCCUGUGGCGUAUUUGGAGGGCCACGGGGCGACGGCCCUACAAUCUAGACUUGAGUCAGCUCACGGUUGUCUGUGAAGACUUUCUCAGUUCUGUCUCAACUGGUCUCAACCAUCCCUAUUGGCUGAAAGGGAAAUACAUGUUGGUUCGCUAUGAGGAUUUGGCCAGGAAUCCGCUCCUCAAGACGAAGGAGAUCUAUGACUACCUGGGGCUGCCUUUGGAUAAAAACGUGGAAGACUGGAUACAUGCAAACACUCGAGGCAGCAGCGAGCCUUCGGCCAAACAUAAGUUCGGUACAGUGAGGGACUCGGCAGCUAAUGCCGAGAGUUGGCGCUUGAAACUGUCUUAUGACAUGGUAGAAUACACACAGACUGUUUGUCAGAAAGUACUUCACCAGCUGGGAUACAAGGCUGUGAAAUCAGUGGAGGAACUGAAAAACAUGUCCCUCUCACUGGUGCAGGACAAAACUUUUGUACCCUUUUUGUAACAAAGAUAGUUCUCUAAUGACUAUUUUUGAUAUAUUUAUAAUUGUUGCCUUAUGAUUUCCUCCGUGUCGGUUUUUGGUUUCUGUACUUUUGUUUCUUCAAAUUUGCACUAAAGAUUUUUGAAUGCACCGAGGGAAAUGCGGAUGAUUUCCCCCUUGUUACAGAACAGCACACUUUAAAACAGUAAUCAAAUGAGCUAGUUUACAAAUGUCUAAUUAUUUACUUUAUCCAUCAAUAGAACUGAUACGAGGCACUGUCUACAUGAAUUAUUUUUCUGUGUGCAAGCUGUUGUCUCAACAAAAGUAAAACUUUGCCCUUCAAAAACAUGGGAGGGGUUUUGGUGAAGCGGACAUGUUUCUCUCAGACCUGUGAUGGCAAAUUUGGACUGUACAAGCCCUACUGUGCAAUAAAUAGUGAAUGUCGCAGUCAACCUUUACCACUAUGGCAUUUCUAUCCAUGUGGGAAGAGAAGAGAUACUUCUGACAGUUGCCACGCUUGCAAUGGAUAAUUGCAGACAAUUAUAGGCUCUGAAGUUAAAGGGACAUAAUCCCACUGGAGGUCGCGAGCAUUUCACCAGAGGAUUUACAACCAUCUGUGAUAGACAAACACACACUAAUGAAAGAUAAUGUCAAAAGUUUUCAUUACUGUAGGUGUUUAGAGAAUACACCCCAAUUUUCCAAGAUUAUUACAGCAUAAAAAAGAACAUGGAUGUAGACAUAAUAGAGGUCCUAAAUCAAGUAGACACCGAAGCACUCCGAUGAACUGCAUUUGUUUUUUUUUAUUUAUUACUUUAUUUCUUUUUAUUUGUUGUCCGUUUAUUCUUAAUCAUUCACAGUGUGAAAUGAACAUGGCCUUCUGUCUUCAAUUAAAAAAUGUUUAUGCUA